UAUAUUUGAACUGUGGGGCAAUGGCAUAUCUGUGGAAGAACUGCACGCUUCGCUGAAGAAAUAUCCAGUAGAGAAAAUGGAGCCGUAUCUACAGUCAAACUUUACAUACAAAAUAAAGGUUCAUGCUUUUAACAAAACACUAACACAACAAGAGAAGAUUGAAAGAAUAGAUUCUGUAGAGUUUUUACCAUUCAAAGGAAAAGUGAAUUUAAAGAAUCCGGAUCACAAUUUUUGGUAUCUAGAAGAUUAUGGAACAGAUCCAAACAACAUCCCAGAACAUCCUCUUCAUUUAUAUUUUGGUAGAUGGAUUGCCAAUGGACAAAGGGACCUUAUUGAGUCAUACAGUGUAAAAAGAAGACAUUUCAUCGGGAACACAAGCAUGGAUGCCUGCUUGGCUUUUAUCAUGGCAAACCAUGGAAGAGUAAAAACAAAUGAUAUUGUUUUUGAUCCAUUUGUGGGAACAGGUGGGCUUCUUAUAGCCUCAGCACACUUUGGAGCAUAUGUAUGUGGGACAGAUAUAGAUUAUAACACAGUACAUGGUCUGGGUAAAGCCAGCAGGAAGAACCAGAAGUGGAGAGGACCCGAUGAAAAUAUUCGAGCCAAUCUUCGCCAAUAUGGCUUAGAGAAUUACUACCUUGAUAUAUUAAUUUCUGAUGCAUCAAAACCCAUAUGGAGGAAGGGAAUGCAGUUUGAUGCAAUCAUCACAGACCCUCCUUACGGUAUACGAGAAGCCACCAGAAGAACAGGUUCGCAGAAGGAAAUGACCAAAGCAGCAGAAAGAGGCACAGAAAACCACAUCUCCAUUUCUUCAAAUUAUCAUCUGAGUGAUAUCCUUUUCGACCUGUUAAAAUUUGCGGCCGAGUACCUGGUGAUUAGAGGAAGAUUGGUCUACUGGCUUCCUGUGUACAAACCAGAAUAUACCGAAGAGAUUAUACCACGGCACCCAUGUCUGAAACUUAUUAGCAACUGUGAACAGAUGCUUUCCAGCCACACGUCAAGGCACCUGAUAACCAUGGAAAAGGUGAAAGAAUUUGAGGAUAAAGAUGGUUCUUCUCACAUAUUGGAAAGCCAGUACCUGCCAUACAAAAGUCACAAUUCCUUUCGUGAGAAAUAUUUCAGUGGAGUGACAAAGAGGAUUGCCAAGGAAGAAAAAGACAACCAGAAGUAAUUUUUUUAAAAAGACUGAGACAAAGGACUUGCAUUUGGCUGUUAAAACAUCUGGACCACAACAUUACAUGCAUGUUUCAGAGAACAAAUACUGGUUUUAAUUUUUAAAAACUCGAAGCAAAAACCACAACAUAAGUUAAGAACAGUUCUUUUUCAUUAAUUUUGUUUGUUCCAGAUUUUAUUACACAAGAUUUUUUUGACUGUUAUUUAAUUUAUUUUUGUACUUCCAAGUCCAAAUGAUGAUUGACUAUAAUCUUUAUCGCUAUUUUUUUUACUCCAUUAUCUCUAUCAAAAACUAGUAGUAUUGUUUGGCUAUCUAAACUGUGAACAUCUGGAUGUUUUAGAAAUGCAUAACAACAAUCAAGAAUGUCUUAGUAGGAAGAUUGAUUUCAUUUGUUUUCUUCUUUUGUAACUGACACAUAAUAUUAAUAAAGCCAACAAGAAUUGUUGUGAGUUUUUAAAAAGUA